CUAAACUUCCGGCGUAUGUAUCCGACAUCCGAGGUGGAGACGGCGUAAGGGGAAGGAUUAGUGGAUAUUUCACUCUGGAACGAAAGGUCCGAAAGUACGGCGAGAAAGCCAGACGAAGGGCCACGGGCGAAUUGAUCCGAGGGCAACGACUGGGGACAGCUGUCCGCUGGACUUGCUCUACACGCCAUUAAAUACUGUUGGAGAUUUAGGGAUGAACUCAGAAUGAAUGUGAAUCAGCAAGCACACAUGGCCUCCCCGUAUGGUCAGCCGCCGCCUGGUUACCAGGGCUACCCCCAGCCUGGAUACGGGGGGCAACACGUACCUGCGGGCUACCCUGCCCAGUACACAGCCUACAACGGCCCUGCCCCUGGGUACCAGCAAGGAGCACCACCUCCAGGAUAUUCUCCUUAUUCCAGCUUUCCCUCUAAGGCUCUCGACGCAAACGUAGUUUCCGACCUGUCCUGUCCUUCUCCUCUUGACUUGGGUACAGCGCGGCAGCCCCCCAGCUCCGGGGCGCCCCCCGUCUCGGCCCCCCAGGCCUACAGUAAUUACCCCCAGGGAGGGGUGCUGAACGGCCCCCCCUCCAUGAACAGCCAGCCCCAGAGGCCCCCUGUCUCUCAGCCCUACGUCCCACCCCAGGCCCCUCCUCCCACCACCCAGCCGGCCUAUCACCAACAACAGUAUGGAGCUCCGCCCACAAGCACACAGCAGACGACCAAUCAGAUGGCUGGCAUGCAGAUCAGCUCCACAGCACCGUCUAUGGCUGCUCCUGACUACGCUCCCCCAGCUCCACACGAAGCCCCUCCUACUUCCCAGUCGUCUUUCCCCGGCUCUGCCCCCCCCUCCCUGCCGCCCUUUUCGGGCGCUCCCCCUCCUCCCCCGCAGCAGUCCUUCUCCUCCGCGCCCCCUCCGUCGCAGCCCCCGUAUUCCGCCGCGCCCCCUCCCUCCUCUCAGCCCUCGUUCGGGGGGCCACCUCCCCACUCACAGCCCCCCUUCUCUGGGGCGCCGCCUCCAAACUCCCGGCCACAGCCCCCCUAUAGCUCCGCCCCCCCAAUGUCCCAGCCCCCCUAUAGCUCCGCCCCCCCAAUGUCCCAGCCCCCGUUCAGCUCCGCCCCCCCUCCCUCCGCCCAGCCUCGCAUGCAAGGCCCCCCCCUCCCGCACCAGUCCCUGUCCGGCCCCGCCCUGCCCCCCCAGGCCAAUCACAUGGCUGGAGCGCCUGGCCAGCCCGGCAUGCCCCUCGGCCCCCCUACGGGACCCAUGCCUGGACCCCCCCCACCAGGAGCCAUGCCCGGGUACCAGCCGCAGCAGAACGGUGCGUUUGGGCAGGUGAGGGGCCCCCAGCCUGGCUAUCCCGGCUCCUACCCCGGGCAGCAGAACUUCGGGGGCCAGGCGCCUGCCCCGGCGCCUGCCCCCGCCCCAGCUCCGCAGCCCCAGAAACGGCUGGACCCCGACUCCAUCCCCAGCCCAAUUCAGGUGAUCGAGGAUGACCGAGUCAACAAGAGCAGCGAGCCGUUCACGACCGGGGUCAGAGGUCAGGCUCCGCCCCUUGUCACCACCGACUUCCAGGUCAAAGAUCAAGGGAACGCCAGCCCCCGCUACAUCCGCUGCACCGCCUACAACAUGCCCUGCACCUCCGACAUGGCCAAGCAGUCCCAGGUGCCCCUGGCGGCCGUCAUCAAACCGCUGGCCUCCUUACCGCCGGACGAGACGCCCCCGUACGUGGUGGACCACGGGGAGACCGGGCCCAUCCGCUGCAACCGCUGCAAAGCCUACAUGUGUCCCUACAUGCAGUUCAUCGAGGGCGGCCGCCGCUUCCAGUGCGGCUUCUGCAGCUGCGUGACGGAAGUCCCUCCGCAGUACUUCCAGCACUUGGACCACACGGGCCGGCGCGUGGACUGCUACGACCGGCCGGAGCUCUCCAUGGGCAGCUACGAGUUCCGCGCCACGGUGGACUACUGCAAGAACAACAAGUUGCCCCAGCCCCCGGCGUACAUAUUCCUGAUCGACGUGUCGUACAACGCCGUGAGGAGCAACCUGGUCAGCAUCAUCUGUGAAGAGCUGAAGACGCUAUUGGACUAUCUGCCCAGGGAGAGCCCGGACGGAGACUCCAACGUCAGAGUGGGCUUCGUCACCUACAACAAGGUGCUGCACUUCUACAACGUGAAGGGCUCGCUGGCCCAGCCGCAGAUGAUGGUGGUGUCGGACGUGGCGGACAUGUUCGUGCCCCUGCUCGACGGCUUCCUGGUCAACGUCAACGAGUCUCGCGCCGUCAUCAACAGCUUGCUGGACCAGAUCCCGGAGAUGUUUGCGGACACGCGCGAGACGGAGACCGUGUUCGGCCCCGUCAUCCAGGCCGGGCUGGAGGCCCUCAAGGCGGCGGACUGCGCCGGGAAGCUCUUCAUCUUCCACUCCUCGCUGCCCAUCGCCGAGGCUCCUGGGAAGCUGAAGAACCGCGAGGACAAAAAGCUCAUCGGCACGGACAAGGAGAAGUCUCUGUUCCAGCCCCAGACCAGUUUCUACGGGAACCUGGCCAAGGAGUGCGUGAGUCAGGGCUGCUGUGUGGAUCUCUUCCUCUUCCCUAACCAGUACCUGGACGUGGCCACGCUGGGCGUAGUGCCCGUCUCCACCGGGGGCUCCGUCUACAAGUACACCUACUUCCAGGCCGCCUCGGACAGCGAGCGCUUCCUGAACGACCUGCGCAGAGACGUGCAGAAGAACAUCGGCUUCGACGCUGUGAUGAGGGUCCGCACCAGCACAGGGAUCCGAGCGACGGACUUCUUCGGCUCUUUCUACAUGAGCAACACCACGGACGUGGAGCUGGCCGGCCUGGACUGCGAUAAGACCGUAACCGUGGAGUUCCGCCAUGACGACAAGCUCAGCGAGGAGACGGGUGCCCUUAUGCAGUGUGCGGUGCUGUACACCAGCUGUACCGGUCAGAGGCGGUUGCGGGUUCACAACCUGGCGGUGAACUGCUGCACCCAGCUGGCUGACCUGUACCGCAACUGUGAGACCGACACCCUCAUCAACUUCUUCACCAAAUCCGCGUACCGCAGUGUUCUGAACAGCCCCACGAAGACGGUGAGGGACAGCCUGAUCAACCAGUGCGCCCAGAUCCUGUCAUGCUACCGCAAGAACUGUGCCAGCCCCUCUUCAGCCGGACAGCUGAUCCUGCCGGAGUGCAUGAAGCUGCUCCCUGUGUAUCUGAACUGCGUGCUGAAGAGCGACGUGCUGCAGCCCGCCGCCGACACCUCGCUGGACGACCGCGCCUACCUGCGCCAGCUCCUCAGCUGCAUGGACGUGUGCGAGAGCCACGUCUUCUUCUACCCCCGCCUGCUGCCGCUGCAGAAGCUGGACAUGGACAGUGAUGCUCUCCCUGUAGCGGUGCGGGACUCAGAGGAGCGCUUGUCUAAGGGCGGGGUUUACCUCCUGGAGAACGGACUCAACCUCUUCCUCUGGGUGGGGGCCAACGUGCAGCAGGAGCUGCUCCAGAACAUCUUCGGCACCCCCGCCUUCGGACAGGUCGACCCCAGCAUGACGGCCCUGCCGGAGCUGGAUAAUCCCUUCUCCAAGAGGCUGAGGGAAAUCAUCCAGUCCUUCCGAGCCCAGCGCUCGCGGUUCAUGAAGCUGAUCGUGGUGAAGCAGGAAGACAAGCUGGAGCUGAUCUUCAGGCACUAUCUGGUGGAGGACAAGAGCAACCAGGGCGGGGCGUCGUACGUGGACUUCCUGUGUCACAUGCACAAGGAGAUCCGUCAGCUGCUGAGCUAGGAGGGGGUCGUUCAGCCCCCUGCCGCCCCCCCGGCCCCCCCUCACCUCAACUCAGACUCCAUCUUUUAUUUCAUACUGUAAACCACACCAAUUGACCUUUGACUCCCUGACUCUCACCUCCCUCUCUCCCGUAUCGUCUCCUUGAAACCGAAUGAAGACUAUAGUGUUAUGAUUGGUGGGCUCCUGAUUGCACUGUCGUAGUUCCUCUGGGCCCGGGCUCAUUUCCCAUGGGGCUGUGGGGGGGUGAGCCCGCGUGCGUCCGUCUGUGAAACCUCCACUCUGAUUGGUCGGGUUUUUUCCUGUCCGUCAGAAACUGUGGCACUGAAAGGCCUCUAGUCUUGGGGCGGGGAAUGCAGAACAAGGAAUGCUGGGAUUUGUACUUGAGAAGCAAACCCGGGCUGAGUGAGAAGUGAAAUUGAUUAACCAGUCUAAAAACUAAGAUGUAUUUAAAGAGAAUAAGAAAUCUUGGUUUUACAUGCGGAGAUUUAUUUUUAUAUAUUCUGCUCUAGUGGUCUCUUGCGCUCUUUCUCUCUCUCUCUCUGGCGCGCUCUCUGUGCAAGUCUUUCUCGUCCCGCCACGUUGUUUUUCCCCCAUCCCAUAGUCGUCUGUGUUUGGGCUUUGUUUUUAUUUUGAUAAUGUGGGAGAGAUGGGGCUGUUAUCCCUUGGCAGCAGAGGCGAUGAGAGCCGAGCUUGGGGGUGAAGUUUACACUGCACCGUGUUUCUGCCGUCAGACGACACGGGCGUCCUCAGCAUUCCGGGAGGACAAAAAACAAAACAAAAACAAAAAAAAAACGCUAAAUUAAAAUCUAUGCAUCAGCCCGUCCGGGGAGGAACCUUCCGGAAUGCUGAGGUUGGCGGACAGAGGCCCCCCAAAGUCGCCCCCUGUCUGUCCACUGGGUGGGGUGGAGACCUCCUGCCUGUCCACUGGGUGGGGUGUGGACUUCCUGCCUGUCCACUGGGUGGGGUGUGGACUUCCUGUCUGUCCACUGGGUGGGGUGUAGACUUCCUGCCUGUCCACUGGGUGGGGUGUGGACCUCCUGCCUGUCCACUGGGUGGGGUACGUGAGCAGACCCAGGGGCCCCUGACUGUAUAACUCUGUCCAGCUAGAGCUCCACGGUCACAGCCACAGUGGAGGGUGGUCACAUGUGAUGUGACGCCCUCUUGGUGGCGGGCAGACGGGGUCAGUGUGCAGACCAUAGAGGGGAAGGUACCAGCUGUGUUUUCGGUGGGGAGCAGCUUCUCGUAGUCGGACGUGGUUUGUCGAGGAGGUCUCGAAAGAGAAGUAACCAAACUAGCCGCUGUGAAGAGACUGCAUGAGUGACAGAGUGCAGAUCGGAUUCUCUUAAUGUUAAAAGUGGUAAUGACUACGGUAACUAUAACAACAUAAUAUUAAUCAUGAAAGAAAUGUGUAUUUUCAUAGUGUGUUUAAUAAUGGCUUUGUGGUGGCAGAGCCUGAUUGUCUUUAUUUUAUUUUGUUUUAUUUUUCUUCACGCUUCUUCAAUCAUGUCCUCAGCUCUGAACCCGAUGUCUGUCGCUCCAGUGAUUUUUUUAUUUAAAAUUCUUUUUUUUUUCCUGUAAAUGAAAUGGGAUGAUUUAAAGUGUAUUUUCUCCUCUGUGUACAUAACAUGUAAAGGGUCUGUUUUCUGUUUUGUUUUGUUUUGUUUUUUGAUUGAAAGAAGGGGAAGGUGUGUUUAUAGGGGGCUGGGUAGAUGUGGUGAGGUGCCUCCUACAAUAAUUCAGAUAAUUACUAAAUCUUCAUAUAAGUUUAUAUAUUUUUUCUGCUAAAUGUGAAUUUUGGCCUUCCAUCCUCUCCUGAGGUGCUGUGGGGCGGGUGAGUGAAAGUUCACUGGCCCGGCUGGGUUUGGCCCGGCUGGGUUUGGCCCGGUUCGGUUCGGCUCGGCACUGGACUCGUAGCCGUUGUCGGAGGAGACUUUUCCGGGGACGAGGGACUGAUCCCACGAGCAGAGAUCCCGAUCCCGAUCCCAGUGAAUUCCCACCCAAGAUCAACAAACCCGAGAGUUCAGCACGUCUCACGCCCAGUGACCCAAACGGGGAUUUUACAAACCAUUUUACACUGAUUGCUUUUCUUUAGUUCUGGGAAUAGUUUUUAACACUGGCUUCAUUAGCACUUCCCUUCCUCCACCUCUGACCUUUUGUGUUACAGUGGCCGCACUGUCGAUGUUGGAAUGUAAUCUUUAUUUGGUUUCUGUGAUCGUUUGGACUGCAAAUGAACAGAACAGCAACGCCGCCUCUGCCCGCUGCUAAUGGCUACCAGAUGCUCUUGAAGUAAUAACUUUUAUUUUUUUUGUCUGAGCAAACCGAACAGGCUAAGAAAGAUUCAUCUGAAAACGGGAGAAAUUCCAGAGUGCUUACUCUGGUUUUUUUUUCCUUCUUCAAUUAAGAAGCGUGCAUUCCUGGUGUAUGAAAAAUGGCUAAUACGCUGGUGUUUCAGUGAAAUUAAAACGCUAACCCCCCCCCGCACAGUCCAUUAGAUUAAUGGUGCAUUAGUGCUAGCGGGAUGUUGUGCUUUUGGCGGCCGGCUUCCGUUCGCGUCGGUAAAACCUCCCCGGAUCGAAGUGAGUCACUCGUGGAAGAGCGCCCUCAUAAAUGAACCGCAGCCUGACCUGCCCGUCUCUGGCUCUGAAUGAAGCACUGCUGUUUAACCGUGUGGACUGGCUGACGGCAAGGCUGCCCAAUUCACCCCUCACUAGUGAGCCCGAGGGGCUCGAAACCCCCCCCCCCCCCCCCCUGUGCCCCUCUGAUUGGGUCAGUCCCAGCACCGUGGCAACGCUGACAGCCGAGCGGGUGGAACGUUGGCCUUCCUCGUUUGUGAGCAGGAGAAGGUCCAGAUCCUGAUCAGGGUUCCAGGAACGCCCCUUCGGUGACACUUGAGGCCAGGUGCAUGUUGGGAGAUGACGUAUCACUGGCGCGUAGAUGUGGGUUAUUGGGCUUGGUCUGCGUGUGCGUGUUUGGUGCGGUGUUAGCGGUAGUGCUAACGCUAACCCACGGCUGGUUCAGAGCAUUUCUGUGACGGCUGCAAUAACUGGCUUUGUGAACUGGAGAACCAGCAAGGAGAGCUGGGGCAGGGCGUCUGCUGCUGCUGCAGGAGAAUCCUCUCUCCCACGUUCCUCACCCGUCUGGCUGCCCUUCCUGAAACACGUUCCCGUGGUUGCCUAGGCUAAGGCUCCGCUUGAGAGGUUUCCGCAGGUGUAGCUGGGCCUCUCUAGUUCCACUCUGUGUGGUUGCGCCUGAUUGGUUGAUUGGGCCGUGUGACCCCGCCCGUGUCGUGUCGAGAAGGGGUCUCUGCUCGAUGCCGUUCAGCUCCGGGCCCCCGUGUGGUGGCAGAGCUCCCAGCGUCCCACGCCCUGCUCUUACAGUCUGCUCUUUCAGCAACAGAGAGCUACCUCUCAGCCAGCUGGGGUCCGCACCAGGAAUGUGGGCUGAUGCACGAGCAAUACUACUGUUCUGUUCUUGUUCUCGCUCCACCCUCCCCUCCCUCCCUCCCUCCCAACACACACACACACACACACACACACACACACACACUGUUGUGGUUGGGGUUGGGGUUGCUGUAGCCCUGCCUGACCUGGAUGCUGUAUGUGAGGUGCUCAGAUUCUCCGUGUUGGCACGGUGGUGUGGACAGGGAAUACGUCACUCCUCGCUUUGCCCUCCCCUCCCCUCCCCAUUGCCUUAAAAGGGCUGUUCUCCUCAGAGCAAGGCUUUCAGGUUAGCCUAAUGUAGGAUACUUGUUCUUUUUUUUUGCUUUCUUUUUUUUCCCCCACCUUUCUCUCUCACACCAUCCCCCCGCUCCACUCAGCCUCGGCACUGUAGCGUGUGCCCGCGACCUCGUCUGCUAGCGCCCGCCUGGUCAGCCUAUCCCGCGCUGGAACAUGGCCGCCUGGCGUUCUGGCGUGUCCACAGAGAAACGGGGUCAUGUGUGUAAUUAUUUAAUUUCUUUCCCCCCCCACUGAUUCUGUGUGAAUGAUCACUACUUCAUUAUGCUGGUCUGACCCAUCUUAAAUCCACUUAAAUGAGUUCCUCUGGAAGCAAAUAAAAUGUCACAGUUUCCAAAUUGUUUAUAUGCUACUGAUUUUUUUAAAAACCUGUUUUUUUCCCCCCCCCCUUUUUUUUGGUUUGUUUUUGGUUGUACCUUUUUAAUAUGCAAAUAAAUCAUAUUGUUUAUCCUUUA